AUGAAGGUUCCGGUGGUGGUCUCAGUUUUUGCUCUCCUGGCUCGGCCAUUCGCGUCGGCCGCAUCCAGCCUCGCGUACUGUGCUUCAGACAAUACGGGGUCUUCCUUCAGUGCAGUUACCGACACAUAUCAAUCAAAUGGAGCUUGUGAAGCUACUUGCGCCAAUUACGCCCUAGGUAUCCUACAAGGGAAGAAGUGCUGGUGCUCAAAUGUUGCUCCCUCCGCGGCGUCGCAAUCAGACACCACAAACUGUGAUGGUGCAUGUCCGGGUUAUCCCGCAGACAGUUGUGGAAGUGCAACCAAAGGAGUAUUCGCCUACGUGGAAAUUUCAGGCAACGAUAUCGUUAGCACAGCCGGUGGUUCAACAACCUCAAAAACCACUUCGUCUUCGUCGUCAACCACAACAUCAUCAACCUCAACCUCAACCUCGUCAACCUCAUCGGAUACAACAACCAGUACCUCAGAAACCGUCUCAGUCCAGACUAACUCUGGCGGCCAAGUCAAGACAAUCACCGUUUCUGGCUCAAGUCCGACUGUGGGCGCUGGCGCUGAUUCUGCAUCGGCUACCACUGCGGCUACCAGCUCGAAAAUGAGUGGAGGUUCUAUCGCAGGUAUCGUGAUUGGUGUUCUUGGAGGACUCGCCCUACUUGGUGCUCUCAUCUUCUUGGUCUUCUUCUACCGCAAACGCGCUCGUGCCGUCAGCCCCAUCCCAAGCCAGGAUAUGGCCGAAGACAGAACUAGCAGGGGAUCUAGCUUCAUGGGAGGUCUGUUCCCGCGGAGAAAUGGAGAAGGCGCUGCCGGUGGACCUAUUCCCACACGUUCGGGCACAACAUUCACCGAUCGGCGGAUGAAGACCAACACCAUUCUCUACCCGAACGGUGCUCGGGAGAGCAGUGUUUCACUGCAAGACAACGAAGACUACUCGCGUCCUGUUCUUCGGCUUACCAACCCCGACUAA